CUCGACAACAACGUGGCCACGUGGUUUGUGACGUCGCUUCCUUUUCACAAGGUGGCUGCCGCUGAGUUGCUGCGAUUUCUUUCGCUAUCCACCGCAAUCUAACAUAAUCAAGGGCUUCUUUCGCUUCUUGCGUCGCUUACAUACUACACACAAUGCCUCCGAAGUUCGAUCCGACGGAGAUUAAAGUCGUGUGUCUCCGAGCUGUUGGCGGUGAGGUGGGUGCCACAUCUGCUUUGGCUCCCAAGAUUGGUCCCCUUGGUCUGUCGCCGAAGAAGGUCGGUGAUGACAUCGCCAAGGCGACGCAGGACUGGAAAGGUCUGAAGAUCACAGUCAAGCUCAUCAUCCAGAACAGGCAGGCCACCAUCGAAGUCGUGCCCAGUGCUGCGUCGCUCAUUAUCAAGGCACUCAAAGAGCCGCCACGCGACCGCAAGAAGGUCAAAAACGUGAAGCACAGUGGGAACCUCAGCUUCGACGAGAUCCUCACGAUCGCACGGACGAUGCGGGCCCGCUCCAUGGCGAGGAGCUUGUCGGGCACCGUCAAGGAGAUCCUGGGGACGUGCCAGUCUGUCGGCUGCACCGUCGAUGGCUCCCACCCACACGACGUCAUCGACAAGGUGAACAGCGGUGACGUCGAGGUGCCAGAGGAGUAAGCACAGUAUCAAGCUUGUACAGACUUUAUUUUGCAAGUUUGAACUUCAGAAAAAAAAAAUAAAUGGAAGAGGAAAGAAGCCCCCCAAAGCAUCUGCGUUGUUUGUAAUCACUUUACUAGUGGCUACUACUGCUCUAAAGUCCGAAACAUGCAACGUUUUCCCGGCGCCGCUUCUUCCCUCGGCAUCAUCGAGUCAACGCCGCCUGAGAGGGUGGCGAACCAUAUGACCAGCGCCAAAGCUAGCGUCAGCUCAGCGUUGCAGAGUCUGUCGAAGAGAAUGAACCAGAGACCUCGCAAAGCAGUGUGCAGUGUUCGUCAAUGCAGCAACAAGACAUAUUCCUG